UAAGAGAAGAAUCUAAAGAUGAGAGUCUUAUUGGGCCUCCUUUGCUUUCCCAUCCACACUCCAAACACUACAUUCAAUUUUCCUCUCUAGUUUCUGCUGCAGCUAGCACCUACAGAAUUGAAUCUGUUAUUAUUAUUCUAGUUCUCAUCUCAACCGAGACGAUCGAAUAGGUUCACAAAUGGCAGCAACCAUAGCAACAACAAUGGCCAUGAUCAACUCCAAGUGCCUCAACACCAAGUUGAUGAUCAACCCCACCAACACCAAACUCACAACUUCAAAACCCACCAUUUCCUUUCAAAACCUGCCAAAGGGUCUGUCCUCCGCUGAAAACACCAGCAUCUCCACCACUUCCAUGGCCGGCACCGCCAUUGCCGGGGCCAUUUUCUCGUCACUAGUAAGCUGCGACGCUGCCUUCGCCGCUCAGCAGAUUGCCGAAAUAGCAGAAGGCGAUAACCGUGGCCUGGCUCUGCUGCUGCCAUUGAUUCCAGCAAUUGCUUGGGUGCUGUUCAACAUUCUGCAGCCGGCACUGAACCAGAUCAACAGGAUGCGUAACACCAAAGGGGUCAUCGUUGGGCUUGGGCUCGGGCUUGGUGGGUUGGCGGCGGGCUCGGGGAUGUUGUGGGCUCCGGAGGCGUCUGCCGGUGAGUUGGGUAUGAUUGCUGAUGCCGCCGCCGCCGGAGGCAGUGAUAACAGGGGGCAGCUUCUGCUGUUUGUGGUUGCUCCGGCUAUUGGUUGGGUGCUGUUUAACAUCUUGCAGCCAGCUCUCAACCAGAUCAACAGGAUGAGAUCUGAGUGAAGUUUCACAUUCUUAUAAAUUAAGGGAUUUUUGUGAUGGUUUUGUUGUAUGACUUUGCUUCAAGCUUAAGCUCCCUAUAUAAAUGUAAAAUAUUUCCUCUGCAUUGCAUUUUUAGUGAAAUUUUUAAUCCUCUGUUUCCCUUGA